AUGCUGCGCAAAAGGGAGUCCUACACGCAUUUCACGCCGAUCCCCGCCUGCGUGCCGCGCCAACUAGCGCUGGACAUCCUACACAGUCAUGGCGAGAUCAUCACCUUGAACCCCCUCGUUCUAUCUUACCAGCCCAUCGCCGCACCCCGCGAUGCCGCCGCCGACGAAUUCUACUUCUCCUGGUACGAGAUCGUCGAACGGGUGCAAUACCUGCCGGGCCUGGGCAAGAUUGGCUCCGGCAAAGUGAAUUUCCACGGCUGUUUCCACAACACAGACUGGGGUCUGGAAACGCACACCUUCGUGCCUCUGGGCAUCGAGAUCAAGAGCAGGUGGCGCAUUGCGGGAAACCAAGUGAACGAGCCGCGGAAGUUUACGGAAUUCCGACAUGAUCGCGCGCCUGAGAACGGCCUCUAUCUCCAGGAAGAUAUUGAGAUCAAUUGCAAUAUCACCUUGGUGUCCUUUGUCAAGGGUCAACUCAAGGCCGCGUCGAAGGUCCUGGUCGACCGGUUGAUCAAAAAGGCGGAGCUACUGGAUGCGGGAGUCUUGCAGGGGUAUGUGGAAGGUGGAAGACUCAAAACGAUCAAUCCGGCUGAUCGGUCCUCGGUGGCGCGGUCGGACUCGCUGUUGUCGUCGUCGAGGAGACAUUCGGAUAUGGGCUCGUUGAGAUCGUACGAGUUGCCUCGGUCGCCGACGGGAUCCAUCCGGGAGCAGUCGGCGUAUUCGCCUUCAAGAGGGUCGCAACGUGGCUCGGCUAAACAGGGGUUUGUUGCUGAGUUGCCGGCGGAUUUCCAUCAUCGCCAGCCAUCGCAAGAUUCGCCGAAUGAUCGGAGCAGAAAGUAUGCGGCCGAACUGCCGGCCACGAUGGAGAGCCCGGAAGGGUACGUCCCGUCAAAGCAUGGAAUCCAGGAGCUGCCGCCGGGGCGUCAGUGA